UCUCCCUCUCUCUCCCUCCGUCUCUCACACACACGCGGAAUCACUCGUACUCACACACAUGUUCCUGCUCACUCUCUCUCUCCCUCUCCUCUGCGUCUCCUCUUUGGACCAAACGCUGCACAGGAGAUCUGGAGACAGAGACGCUUGCUGCUGCCACCGUCUCUUCGUCUGCUCUCUCACGCUUCACCGUGGACCAGGAGGCGGCAGAGGAGAGGAGAGGAAGAAGAGGAGGAGGAGAGGGACGGGCAGCUGGGACGAAGGAGAUUUUCACACCCCCCCUCUACCAUCAUCUGAUCUGACAUGGCCACCGCAUAGGAAUCUGGUGCCACGGCAACCGGCAGCUGGGCGUGGAGGUACCCGAGGACAAGGAGACAGAAAAAGACGGAGGGAUGGCGGUGGAGGAGAAGCCGGGUGUGAAGAGCAGCAGCUCCAUCGUCCCCUGCUUCCUGUUUGUGGAGCUGGUGAUCAUGGCUGGGACGGUGCUGCUGGCUUACUACUUCGAGUACACGGACACCUUCCCUGUGCACAUGCAGGGCUUCUUCUGCUACGACAAGACCUUCUCCAAGCCGUACCCCGGUCCGGACGACGCCAGCAAGAUCCCCCCUGUGCUCAUCUACUCGGUGGUCACAGCCAUCCCCACGCUCACGAUUCUUGUUGGCGAGCUGUGCGCCUUCUUCAUCAAGGCAGAGGGAACCCAGGAGAAGACCAUCGUCACCGCGGACUGCUGCUACUUCAACCCCCUGCUGAGACGCAUGGUCCGCUUCCUAGGUGUCUACGCCUUCGGCCUGUUCACCACCACCAUCUUCGCCAACGCCGGCCAGGUCGUGACGGGAAACCAGACGCCUCACUUCCUGUCCGCCUGCCGACCCAACUACACGGCGCUGGGCUGCCAGUCCACCAUGCAGUACAUCACAGAGCGCCGCGCCUGCACGGGCAACCCGCUGGUCGUCAUGUCUGCACGUAAAUCCUUCCCUUCGAAGGAGGCGGCGCUCAGCGUCUUCUCCGCGGUGUACACAGUGAUGUACGUGACGCUGGUGUUCAAGACCAAAGGCACGCGGCUGACCAAGCCCACCAUCAGCCUCACCCUGCUCUGUCUGGCCAUGCUCGUGGGCGUGGUCCGGGUGGCCGAGUACCGCAACCACUGGGCCGACGUCGUGGCCGGAUUCUUCACUGGAGGAGCCAUCGCCGUGUUUCUGGUGACUUGUGUGAUCAACAACUUCCAGCAGCUGCAGCCCGGCCUCGCUCCCCCUCGACCCCAGCGCCCUGAGUCCGUGCUGGGCAUGCCCAUGGUGACGCUUCCCUGUGUGGAGAGUCCACUUGAAAAGUUAAGUGGUCCUCAGCAUCCCGCACUCUCCUCCUCCUCCUCCACGCUCUACAACACCUACGUCCAACCAUUCUGAUCGACUCCCUCCUCACGACCUCCAUCAUCUGUUGCCUUAUUUCUGUUCUCACCCCCCUCCUCCGCCUCCCUCCUCUUCCUCGCCCCCUCAUCCCGUGCAUUGCUCUUGAUUAUUCUUUUCUUCACUUUUCUCUUCUCCCUCGCCCUCUCUCUGCCCCGUCCUCUCUCUCUCUUUCUCACACCUCUCUCUCCCCUGCAGACUCCGAGGGGAUCUCCGUUCACCGAGAUCACAUGACCAUCAGCCCUAUCGGUUCCCCGCCACUCCCGAUGUCCUCAUAGCGUCUCGCUCCAUUUCCAGCGAAGUCUAGACCAGUCGGAGCAGCAGCAGUCGGAGCAGCAGCAGUCGCCGCACUCGACGCACUCGCCGCACUGUGCCGCCCACCAGGCCGGGCGCUACGCAACGCUGCACCGCUCCUAUUCCACGCAGGUCUAGACCUCUCCUGAAACCCCCACCCAUCCUGCUGCCCUCUCAAACCCCGGGGAACCGAUAGGCAAACUCUUCAAAGACUUUCUCUUUGCUGGACGCCCAGUGAAGACGAACCGAACACUCAGCACCGAGUCGGGUGCAUCGUUUUAUUCAGUUGUUUUCCAAUUAAAGACUCUUUUUUUUGUACGAACUCGAUCGUGUGAAGCUCACUUCC